AUGAUGUCCUCAAAUAUACUUUCGCGGUUUCUCCCGCCCACAGACUCGCCAUCCGUCUAUGAAGCCAUCCGAGAACACGACGCCGAAUCCGAUUCCUCUGAUGUCGAAGAGCGGGCAGGGAUGGCACCGAUGGACCCGGAACAUUUUAGCGACGGGGAGUUAGCAGAUGCAUUGGCAGAUGCAAGGGACAGCCAGCUGUCUAGCCCCACUGCAGCCUUGCUGAGUCGGCCACAUCCUCGUGGCUCUCCGUCAGUCUCGCGUCGUCGCAAACCCUCCCGACCCCGAUGGAUGGCGCCAGAGUCACCACAGGGCUACGAACUUGACGAUCGAGAUGAGGACGUGCCACAGUCGCUCUUAGUGGAGGGUCAUGACGAUGAGGACCUGAAAUCGCGGCUACCUCCCCCGCCUCAAAUGAUGCGGAGUCGCUCCAAUACCCCCAGUCCUCAGCCAUCGCCACAACCUGCACUGCCACGCUGGCAAACAUCCCGGAACCGACAACCCUCAGAUCCUGACCGUCAACCUUGGACACGGUGGUUGUAUGGGCAGCAACUGAGCUUAGCUAAUAUUGACCCCAAGCAGAAAGCCAUGUGGCGCUGGGCGAAUGUGGAAGACUUGGACAACUUCUUGAAAGAUGUGUACACCUACUUCUUGGGCAAUGGAUUCUGGUCUAUCAUAUUGAGCCGCACCUUGAAUCUUUUGACAUUUGCUUUUGUGGUGGGGUUCUCGACGUUCCUCACCAACUGCGUCAAUUACCACAAGGUUCGGGGCAGCAAAUCGCUGGACGAGAUUUUGGUCCCCAAAUGCACGUCGCAGAUGUCUGGCUCAACGCUCUUCUUGCUAUGGUUAUUCAGUUUCUUCUGGAUUGGAAAGCUCUUCCAGUAUCUUUUGGAUAUCAGAAGGCUUCAGCACAUGCAUGAUUUCUAUUACUACUUGCUUGGAGUUUCGGACGGAGAGGUCCAAACCAUCGCAUGGCAGGAGGUUGUCAGCCGAUUGAUGACGCUGCGAGAUUCUAAUCCAGCCACAGCGGCGGCAGUAUCUGCCAAGCAUCGACGAUUCAUGGGCAGUCAGUCGAAACAGCGAAUGGAUGCCCAUGAUAUUGCGAAUCGCCUCAUGCGCAAAGAGAACUAUAUGAUUGCAUUGAUCAACAAAGACAUUUUGGAUCUAACGUUACCCAUCCCAUUUCUUAGAAAUCGCCAACUCUUCUCCCGUACGCUCGAAUGGAAUCUCAACUUAUGUAUCAUGGACUACGUUUUCAAUGAACAGGGUCAGCUGCGCACCUUAUUCCUCAAGGAUACCCAUCGAAGAGCGCUAAGCGACGGCUUGCGACGGCGCUUCAUAUUUGCUGGUAUCAUGAAUAUCUUUGUUGCCCCAUUUAUCGUCGUCUACUUCCUCAUGCAUUAUUUUUUCCGCUAUUUCAACGAAUUCAAGAAGAACCCCGGCCAGAUCGGAUCUCGCCAAUACACCCCCCUGGCGGAGUGGAAGUUUCGAGAGUUCAACGAGCUCUGGCAUCUGUUUGAUCGUCGGAUAAAUAUGUCUUAUCCAUUUGCCAGUCGCUACAUCGAUCAAUUCCCCAAAGACAAGACGAUUCAAGUAGCCCGUUUUGUGGCAUUCAUCUCUGGUGCAUUAGCCUCGGUACUUGCCCUUGCCUCUGUGGUGGACCCCGAAUUGUUUCUAGGAUUUGAGAUCACUCCUGACCGGACCGUUCUUUUUUACCUGGGUAUUUUUGGUACGGUCUAUGCAUUUGCACGUGGGCUGGCUCCGGAAGAAACCGACGUCUUUGAUCCCGAGUACGCACUUCUCGAGCUGAUUGAUUUCACACACUAUUUUCCAAACACAUGGAAAGGACGCCUACACAGUGAUGAAGUGCGCAAAGAGUUCGCUGUCUGUUAUCAAAUGAAGGUCGUAAUCUUCUUAGACGAGAUCCUCAGCAUGAUUUUCACGCCCUUUGUGUUGUGGUUCAGCCUUCCCAAAUGUAGUGACCGUUUGAUCGACUUCUUCCGCGAGUUUACCGUUCACGUUGACGGGAUGGGCUACCUUUGCUCCUUUGCGGUCUUUGAUUUCAAGAAAGGUGCAAAUACCAUGACCCCAGGUCGGAGAGACACUUCCGGCAGACCAGAUUUGCGGGCCGAUUACUUCUCGACGAAGGAUGGCAAAAUGCUCGCUUCAUACUAUGGUUUCUUGGACCACUAUGGUACCAAUAACGCCCCUGCUGGAAGACGACCAUUCCAUCCACCCCCGAAUCUUCCCACGCUAGGACCUCAUGAGGUGGGCGGUCUCCAUGAUCGAUAUGAUCCCCAUCCUCGGGGACCCAUGGGCGGGCAUUUUGGCCCGUCCCUCGUAGCCUCAAGGUUUAGACCCCUGGCUGACCAUGGUCGCUCCCCCACCACGUCCAUGCUGCUGGACCCGCAUAAUCAGCCAUCCACUUCGGGAUAUCGCCCCGCAGGACGGGCCGCCCCCUACCCCCGUUCCCGACUUGCUCGCUCGCAGCUUCCCAUGUCUGAUACCGCUGAAGAUGAUGAGUCGCCACUGCAGACCCAUGCCCCGGGCCCCACUGGUACAUCAAGUGGCGGGGUUGGCACGAGCGACGGUGACCUAGCAGAUUCAUGGCGAAUGAACCCGCUAGCAAAUGAGGACGAAGCUGAAGGGAACGAAGAGAAUCUAGAUGCUAUCGCCGGAGGAGCCGGUGUACUAGGCCUCAUCCAGCAGUUCCAGAAGGCCCAUACGGAUGGUCGACGGACGACGGUUGGAAUAUAG